AUUAGAACAGAAAGUCUGUGUUAUGGUUGCUAACUUGAUGCUGGACUAAUCCGUGGUGCUCCAUUUGUAGCAAGAACAGUUGUGCGGACUGUUAAUCUCUAAAUACAGAACACUAUGAAUCAAGAAAAGCUUGCCAAACUUCAAGCUCAGGUCCGGAUAGGAGGAAAGGGAACUGCCCGCAGGAAGAAAAAGGUGGUUCACAAAACAGCAACAGCUGAUGACAAAAAACUGCAGGGCUCACUGAAGAAACUGGCAGUAAACAACAUCGCAGGGAUAGAAGAGGUGAAUAUGAUUAAAGAUGAUGGCACAGUGAUCCACUUCAACAACCCAAAAGUUCAGGCAUCUCUGUCUGCAAACACCUUCGCCAUCACGGGCCACGCCGAGACCAAACAGCUGACAGAGAUGCUGCCAGGCAUCCUGAGCCAGCUGGGAGCCGACAGCCUCAGCAGCCUGCGCAAGCUGGCUGAACAGUUCCCACGGCAAUCUGCGAUGGACAUGAAAGCUGUCAAGGAAGUAAAUGCAGAAGAAGAGGAUGAUGAUGUCCCUGAUCUCGUGGAGAACUUCGAUGAAGCUUCAAAGAACGAAGCGAACUGAUGACUUCUUUUGUCCCUCUCACUCAACCAUUUUUAAUGUUUUUACCUCCUGCAGACUCACAAAGGGUAUUUCCUUUAGUGGUGAAAUGGUUGUUGAAGGUGCAGAGGAUCACCUCCAGAGAAGUGAACACCUUCACUUUCUUCUGCUGCAGCAGCAAAACAUGCAGAUUGGUUAUGAUUUCAGUAGGUGGUGAUAUUGUGGAUGACUCUCAGCACCCAAAGGACUCACUACUUUAGAAAUAAGUUUCCUAUAUGACUAAACAUGGCUGGUAUUUAAGAGAUUCUUUAUAAUUCACAUUUAAAGUGAAUGGAUGAUUCACUUAGCAUGACAAUGGUGUCUAUGAAUUUAAUAAAAUGUUUUUGGGCUA